AUGGAAGAAAGGAAUGUUCUCGAGUAUGCUGAAGUAAUAAUAGACAGGCAAAGGGACAAGAUUAAUGAAUUAGAAAAACAAUUAUUAGAACUAAGAAGUGGUAAUGAAGAGUUACAAAAAAGUAUUUUAAAAAAUGUUGAAGAAAAUAAAUCAUUAAGAAUAGAAUUAAACAGAAAAAAUAACAAUGACAUGGUCUUAAGUAUGCAUAUAAAUAAGGAGAAUGAGUUUAUUGAAAAAAUUAGUUUAUUGGAAAAUCAACUGCUUAAAAGAGAUACACUUUUAGAAGAAUUGAACAAUUUGUUAAAAAAGAGAAAAUAUGAAUAUCAAAUAUUGUUACAAGAAAAAGACAAUCUUAAAAAUACCAUUAACAUAUUGAGAAAUGACAUAUGUGAAAAUAGAAAAAAUAUAAAAUUGAAAGAGCAAGAAUUUUUACAUAAUGAAAAACAAAAUGAUAAUUUUUUAAAUUUAUAUAAGAAUAAUAAUGAAGAAUUGAAUAUAACAAAAAGGUGUUUAAUACAAAUUGAAAGCGAACUACAUAUGUAUAAAAAGCAAAAUGAGCAGCAAAAAAAUGAAAUUCAAAGGCUUUAUAAAAUAAUUAACUGUAUGAAUAAAGAAAAAGCAUUAAUUCCUCCUAUUGUGUUAACCUUACAAAAUGAUUAUCAAAAUAAAAAAAUAAAAAAUGGAUAUACAGAAAUAAAAACCAUUCAAGAUCAGUAUGCUAAUAAAAUUAAGGAAAAAAAAUUAGCAAAGACAGAGAUAAUUAAUGAUAGCAAGCAUCCAUAUGAAAAAUUAGAAUAUGAUGAAAAUUUAUUAAAAUUAAAUUUAAUGCAAUCUCAAGAACAGAAAAAGUUAUUUAAUAAAAUAUUAGAGACUUUGACUAAUAUACAAGAGAAAAAAAUUAUCCAUAAUGAAUUUGAUUUUUUUUUUUCAUGCUUUGCUUUACAUUUGUAUGAAAAAUCUCCAACAUCUAAAUUGAUUUAUGAAAGAAAUAAUUCAUCAAAUAACUCAAAUAGCCCAACACUCGAGUCUACAGAAGGUGUUAACAAUUAUUCUAGUAACUCUUCCUACAACUCAAUAGAAAAAGAUACUUUUACGAAAAGAAAAAAAAAAAAAAAAAAAAAAAGAGGUAAAACUAUAGCGAAUAGUUUCUCAUCAGUACUAGAUGAAAAUGAAAAAAAAAAAAAAAAAAGCUAUAAUGAAAAUAACAAACAUAGUAUAACGGAAACGGAGAAUGAUAAUAGCAGCAUUGAUUAUUCGACUGAUACUAAGACAAGUAGUAAUAAUAAUUCUAGCUAUUCUUUAAAGAAUUAUAUGAAUGAUACUGAUAAUCCUCAUUUAAAGAGUAAUAAUAAAUAUGAAAAGGAAAAAAGUAUUUUGCUAAAUUCUGCAAAUUAUAAUGAAAGAUUUAUAGGUAUUACAAGUCAACAUAUUUAUAUUUAUAAAAGGAAGAAAGAUGAAGAACCAAUGUAUAUCAUCAGAUUACAAAACCUUAAAAAUAUUAGAACAUUACUUAAUAAUAAAAUAUAUCUAAUAGAACAUAUUUCUUAUGGUAAUGUUGUAGAAAAGCAUUAUAUUUUAAUAAAAGAUGACGAUAAAUCAUUAAGAAUGUUUUAUGCUUUACAAUAUGCAGGAUUUAUUAAACAAGAUAUGGAUAUUUUGCAUAAAGAAAGAAAAGAUGAGAAAUAUACUUCAACUAAAAAUUAUUGUGAUAAUGAAAAUUUAAAUGAAGAACUAGAAAAAAAUACAUAUAUUAGUAAAAUGAACUCAACUAUAUCAGAAAUAAAAGUAGAUAUUUUUACACCUAAUGGAAUAGAUAAAAAUGGUAAUAAUAUACCUUAUUUAUCUAAUAACGUUAUAUUAAGAGGAGAUUUUAAAAAUAAUAAUUUAAUAUUUGUGAAUUUAACAGAUGAUAAUUACUGUAUUAAUUGUGAAGAUUACACUAUAAAAUAUAAAAAUAACAAAUAUAUUCUUUAUUUUAAUAAUUAUAAAGAUCAACAUAUCAUAAUACCAAAAAGUAAGGAAUGUACCGAUUUUUUAAUGAACAUAAUAAAUCAAUUGAAUUGGGAUAAAUAUUCUGAAGAAAAUAAACCUAAUAAAGUAAUAAAUACAGACAAUUUCUCAAAUUAUCAUGAAGCAUCUUCACAUAUGUCUGGAAGCUUUAUAACAGGAAAGUAUGAUUAUGAAGAUAAAAAAAAAUUACUAGAAAUAGAGAGAGAAUCUGGAAAAGAAAGUGGAAAAACAAAUGAAAAUGAAACGUAUAAAGAAAAAGAAUAUGAAAAAUUAAAAGAAAAAGAAUAUGGAAAUUUAAAAGAAAAAGAAUAUGAAAAAUUAAAAGAAAAAGGAUAUGGAAAUUUAAAAGAAAAAGAAUAUGGAAAUUUAAAAGAAAAAGAAUUUGAAAAAUUAAAAGAAAAAGAAUAUGAAAAAUUAAAAGAAAAAGGAUAUGAAAAAUUAAAAGAAAAAGAAUAUGAAAGCAAAAAGGAUGACUCAUCAUCAUAUUCUAGUAGUUCAGAUAAAAAUGAAGAUACCUUUAUUAUAAAAAACAAUACUUUAUAUAUAUCAAAAGAUGGAUAUCCUUUUAAAAAGAAUUUAGUGAGUUUUAAUGAUGAAAAUGCUAUUAAAUUUAUCAAUGAGGAUUUGACAAUAUUAAAAAAUGAUGAUCUUCAAGAAUUAACUAUUAUGAAAAAUAAAAAAAAAAGAAAUGAAGAAACUUAUAUAUUCCAUUAUCCGAAGAAAGAAAAAUAUGAUCAUUUACUGAAUGAAUUAAGUAAGAAUAACUUUAAUGUAAUAAAUAAGGAAUUAUAUGACAAAAUUAAAAAAGAAGAAAAAGAAAAAGAAGAUGAAGAAAAAACAAAUGAAAAUUAUAAAGAUUCUGAAGAAAAAAAUGAAGCAGAAAUAGAUAAAAAAGAAAAAUUAUAUCCAUUUAUGGAGAAUAAUCAAGUUGUUGUUAUUGAAAAAGGAUCAUUGUUAAUUUAUAAAGACUAUGGUAAUGAAAAUUCUGUUCCAAUAAUGAAAUUUUUCCCUGAAUCUUGUGAAGUUCAAGCAAAUGAAGUCAAUGGAGAAAUCAGGAUAAAAGAUACAUCAAAUAAUACUAAUGAACGGAUUGUUCUUGAUUGCUUAAAUAAAACUGAAUUUAAUAGAUGGAAAACAGCUUUAACUUUUGGUGGAUUUCUAAAGGGACAAAACGCCAAUAACUCUUUUAUGAAUUUAAAAAAACAUAUUUUUUCAAUAAAUUUAUUCGAUAAUUUUGAUUUAAAAAGCCUGGUCAAAGUUGAAAAUAAUUUCUUGCAUAUAUAUCCAAAUAGUAAUUUUAUUAAACCAUUAUUUUCCUUUGAUAGGGAAAAAAUAGAAUUAAUAAUGAUAUCAGAGUUACGAAAAAUCAGAAUAUAUUUACAAAGGGAUACACAAUACGAACAAAGAUAUGAUAUAACAAUUGCAUUAGCCCGUGAUUUUGCAAACUUAAAGGAAGAGAUAGAAAAAACUGAUUUUUAUCCAAUGAACAAAAAAAAAACACAAAAAAUUAAAAAACCAUUUGUAUUAUGUAAAACCAACAUUAUUGCUAUACAUAAAAAUAAAUAUACCUUAAAACCAGAAUUGAUACUAGAAAAAAAAAAUUGUACAGUUAAAAUUGAUAAAAAUAAUUUUACUAUAACUUUCAUAAUCAAAAAUAAGUUAAGUAAAACUCCUGAAGAUGUAAAAAGUAUUACUUUAUCUAAUUCAGUGAACUUUAAUAAAUGGAUAGUAACUUUAAAACUUGCAUCCUUUAUAUCAAUGCAACACAAUUUUGAGGAUAAUAUUUCAUUUCCUUCUAUUUCUUAUGGACAUACUUGUCCUGAAGCAACAAGUCUAUUAAAAAAAAAUAAUUCUAUAUUAAAUUUUUUUAAAAAAAAAAAAAAAAUACCAAAUAUUAGCUAA